AUGGCCAAGUGGAGGCUGGGUUCUCUUCUCUACCCAUUGCUUAUUGCUGCACUUUUUGUGCAUUGCCAUGGCAAUGACAGGAAGGUCCACAUUGUAUACAUGGGAGACCUGCCUCGGGGAGAUUUUUCUGCUGAAUCCACUCACCAUUCCAUGCUAGAAAGUGUACUUGGAAGUACUUCAUCAGCCAAAGAGUCAUUAGUCUAUAGUUAUGGGAGGAGUUUCAAUGGAUUUGCAGCUAAGUUAUCAGAUGAAGAAGUCGGAAAACUCUCAGAAAUGGAUGGUGUCAUCUCAGUGAUUCCGAACCACAUACUAAAGAUUCACACAACAAGGUCAUGGGACUUUAUGGGUUUCUCCAAAGGAAAACUUUCUGCGUCUCAGGAAGGAAAUGCCAUUAUCGGCCUUCUGGACACAGGGGUCUGGCCAGAAUCUGAGAGCUUCAACGAUGAAGGAAUGGGUCCUCCACCAUCUAAGUGGAAAGGAAUAUGCCAAGGCGAAGGCAACUUCACCUGCAACAACAAGAUCAUAGGAGCCCGGUACUACAACAGUGAGAACUGGUAUUAUGAGACUGACUUCAAAUCCCCUAGAGACUCUGAGGGACACGGAACCCAUACUGCUUCAACUGCAGCAGGGCGGGAGGUGCAAGGAGCAAGCUACUAUGGUCUGGCUGAAGGAGUGGCAAGAGGCGGAGUUCCAAAUGCAAGGAUUGCGGUGUACAAAGUCUGCUGGUCAUUUGGAUGUGCUACCGCAGAUAUCCUUGCGGCAUUUGAUGAUGCCAUAGCCGAUGGUGUUGACAUUUUAUCAGUGUCCCUUGGUGCUCCCUGGGCAUUCCCAUAUAUGGAGGACCCAAUUGCUAUUGGAUCCUUCCAUGCCAUGAGAUAUGGUAUAUUGACUUCAAAUUCUGCUGGCAAUUCUGGACCUUACCCAUAUUCUGCCUCCAAUACCGCACCCUGGACAUUGACUGUGGCUGCCAGCACCAUUGACAGGAAAUUCAUUGCCAAUGUUGUGCUUGGCAAUGGAAAAGUCUUCACGGGACUAUCCAUUAAUAGCUUUGUACUCAACGGUACAUAUCCAUUGGUUUGGGGAGGAGAUGCAGCAAACUACUCUGCUGGUGCUGACCCUGAAAUUGCUAGCUAUUGCGUUACCGGUUCCCUGAAUUCAUACAUAGUACAAGGAAAGAUUGUUUUCUGUGAAACCAUCUGGGAUGGUUCUGGCAUUUUAAUUGCUAAUGGUGUGGGCACUAUAAUGGCCGACUCUGAGUACAGCAAAGAUUUUGGUUUCAGUUACCCCUUACCAGCAACAGUAAUCACUACAGAAGAAGGCCAGGAAAUUUUAGAUUACAUCAGAUCCACACAGAAUCCAAUUGCAACUAUUCUGGUUGGUGAGACAUGGAAGGAUAUCAUGGCGGCGUCCGUUGUAUCAUUCUCUUCUAGAGGACCCAACCCUAUCAGCCCGGACAUUCUCAAGCCUGAUCUCACAGCCCCUGGUGUGGACAUCCUUGCUUCCUGGUCUCCUGUGUCACCACCUUCCAUUUACUGGGGGGACACCAGGAGUGUAAACUUCAACAUUAUCUCUGGUACAUCCAUGUCUUGCCCUCACGCUAGUGCUGCUGCUGCUUAUGUCAAGGCUGCCCACCCUGAUUGGUCUCCUGCUGCCAUUAAAUCCGCCCUCAUGACAACAGCUUAUAUCAUGGACUCAAGGAAGCAUCCAGACCUUGAAUUCGCUUAUGGGUCUGGUCACAUCAAUCCACUGGACGCAACAGACCCUGGACUUGUUUAUGAUGCAUCUGUAGCAGAUUACAUUAACUUUCUGUGCAAGCAGGGUUACAACACCACUACUCUCAGACUAAUCACCGGGGACAACAGUAGCGUUUGCAACAGCACGGAGCCUGGAAGGGCCUGGGAUCUUAAUUACCCGACGUUUGCUCUUGCCGUUGAAGAUGGGCAACCAAUUCAGGGAGUCUUUACAAGGACUGUAACAAAUGUUGGGAAACCAAAUUCAACCUACAGUGUCAGCAUGUACAUGCCAAGCACAGUUAGUGUAACUGUGGAGCCCUCUGUCCUGUCAUUCUCUGCAAUUGGAGAGACAAAAACAUUCACAAUAAAGGUGUCCGGUCCAAAAAUUGCACAGCAGCCAAUCGUGUCAGGUGCAAUAAUGUGGAAAGAUGGAACGUACGUGGUGAGAAGCCCACUAGUUGUGUACAACAUACUACCUGGUGCUGCUAAUUUUUCUCCUUACUCCAUGACCAAGCUGCAGAAAACACCCAAAUUCGAAGGUUCUUCCGUAUAUCAUAAGAACGGCAUCCUCGGACGCGACUAAUUACACCCAUGUUUGUACUGCAAAUGGCAUGUCAAUUUUGUAAUGCACCACAACUUUAAGAUUGAAAUAAAACAAAAAUAAGAUCAAUCUUUCUCCCGCUAGAGGGAGAGA